UCUCAAAGCCGACCAAUCCAUUUCUCCCGGUAAACGUCAACAGCAGCGCAUUUAUCUUGAAUCAUACGACAUACGUCCCAACCGCCUUGCCAGCGACUCGACACUUCAACUCAGCCCCCAUACGAAUUGACCUGCCCGAUUAACAGUCAAAAUGGCCUCCUUCAUCGCCCGCAGGUCGUUCAGCACCACCCUCCGUCGUCUGACCGAGGACCAGAGCAAGAAGGCUCUCCGUCAGGAGGAAAGGCGCAACCCCGAGAUUUAUAUUAUGGGUGGUGUUGUGGCCUGCGCUGUCGCCGGCGCUGCUUUCUACUUUGGCAGCUCCCCUACCAAGUCCACCUCCGAGAGCCAGAUCGCCAAGGCCGGAGCUCCCUGGGAGACCAACGGCUCGGGUGCCUACCGCUAUUACCCCGGCGGAGACCGCAAGAACGAGCCCAAGGACGCGCCUAGCGCUGUCAAUGUCGUCGUCGUUCCCGAAGUCACCGUUUCCAAGGAGCUUCACGAGAGGUUCAACAAGUGGGGUAAGGAGGGCUACCCUUAGACUGCCUAGGCUGGAGCUGUAAAACAGGAUGUUGGCUGUUGGUGAAGAGACUGGCGGUGCAAGCACCGCAAACAAUCAAGUGUGAAAUUCCAUUUGUAGAUAAAAGGUAGAAGGACGGAUGGUUAGGAGCAUCACCCACUCCCUUUUGGCUCUCGUUCCAUUGCCGUAAACGUGACUGACACCGUCUCGGCGCCCCA